AUGGAGGAUAUAAAAGGAGAAUCCAUCAGGAGUGAACCCCCCAUGGGAGAUGAACCCACCAAGACAAACAAUGAUAAGAAGAAGAAGAAAAAAAAAAAAAAAAAAGUAGAAAAAUGCACAAACAAAAUUACCAACUUCUUCAGUGUUGUCAAGAGUACCAAAGUGGCCAAGAGAUUUCAGACACCGAACCCCUCCAACUGUGAGAAUAACCGACACGCCGAUGAACACCCAUCAGGCAUACACACCAUCAUAAAUAAAAAAUGUGUAGCAAAGAAUUCCCAAGUGAAGGAAAAUAUGCACCAGACUUGUGACCAAAAUGUCUUACCCACUCAUGUAGAUGCAGGAGGAGGAGGAGGAGGAGGACAAGAAGAAGACGGGACAAAUCAAAUGCUAUAUCCUCCAAUAAAGGAAAACACAUUUUAUGCCUCACCAAGAAUAGAAAAUGAACUAACAAAUAAGAUGAAUUGCGUUAAUGUGAAAACGGCUGCGAAGAUUUGCGGAAUUACCAAUGUCAAGUCGAUUUUGAGGAGGGACGUCAGUAGGGUGCCGACCCUUGGCGCGACGUUGAGGAGGAAGGACGAGGGGGAUGUGAAAAAUGAUGGUGAGGAGAAGCCGCGUUGCGAAAAUUCCCCUGAGUGGAGACCCCCUCAUGGAGAACCCCAAGACGAGGGGAACAAAACAAAAAGGGGACUCAAAAGAAAAAAAGAUGAAUCGGUUGACGAGUGUGACACGGAUGAUGUGAGUAGCUCACUGGAUAUGAGCGAAACGGAAGAGGAUGGUGUGGAUGCUGUUCCUGAGCAGGAUCAGUUGAAGGGACCCCGCGUAGACUUUUCUUCCAAAUCACCCACACAAGGGAAUAACGUUGAAAAUGUUCACUUAGAACCCAAUAGGAGAGAUUACAAAGAGGAAAAUAUGUGCUCCUCCUCCUCCCCCCCUGAAGAAUGCGCAAAGGUAGUGAAGACGAGGAAAUUUUCCCUUGUCAAUUUUUUCGGCAAUGACAUUGAAAUUACUGUAAAUGUAAAUGAGGACAGUGCUUCCGAGGGUAGGUUCAGCAGUGCGGAUAGCGAUGGGAGUGGGUCCAACUUGGGCUGCACCGGGAGAUCCAAGCUCAGACGUGACGCGACCAGUGAUGCGAAAAGGAGAAAUGGUGAAGAUACACCCAAAGGCGGCGUUGGCGAGGACGAAAUGGACACCCUCAGAACGCGAACCCCAUCGUACAAGAGAAAUUCCAUUUCGGACGGAGAAAGAUACAGUAAAAAUAAUGAAGCAAUUUACGCGAAGAAGAAAAAAAAAAGAGAAAGGUAUAGCCCCGAUAGGGAUGAUGCGGAGGGAAAAGGGGGUCAAGCCAGUGAUGAGUUGUCCCAGAACGAACAUGCGAACAGCCCCUUAACACAAGGAAGGAGAAAUUUUGUAAAGGAAAACAAACGAGUGCUAAAAUCGGAUAAUGAAUUCGAAUUGGAGCGAGCCAAAACGAAGAGGGUUCGAAUCGGGAGAGUCAGUUGUGCAGGGGUAGGUGCGCACACAAGCAUUGGCAUGGACAUAGAUGCCCAAGCGGAUGCCGACGAGAAGGGAGGAGGACGCAACUACUCUUCCAACCGGGCUGGUAGGAAAACGUGCCUGAAUGUUGGCUUUGUUAGCGGUUUUUGCAGAAAAACGAGGAAAAGCUGCGCAGCGGGGGUAGGUGGCGGGGAUGCCGGUGGCGAAGGUGCUAUUGGCUCCGAUAACGAUGAUGGUGAGGAGGAUGGGGAAGACGGCGACGAUGAGGAUGGCGAAGAUGACCCCACCAUGCACCCAGAUGGCGCGUGGGACGAGCAUGCAAAGAAGGCACAAAACAGGAACAGAAAAGACGGCGCACUUGGGAGGAGGAACCACUUCGAAACGAACGUAUACCAAAUGAAAAACAACGUGCAGGAAAAAUUAACUUCCAUUAAAAAUAACUUCAGGCUAAAUGAUAACGUAAGGGAUAUUCUAAAUGAGAAGAGGCGGAUCAAAAUUCUUCGAGUUUUAAACAAGUACUAUUUUGAAAGGGAGUACAAGGACUACGUGGAGGUUCAUCAGGGGGCAAGGGAAGGCCCCCAGAGGAGCGUCCCGCAGAAGGGUUCCAGGGCAAAGUGUUCCACUGCGAAUUGCUCCUUUGCGAAAGGCGCCACCCCACGUGAACUGUUGAGAGACCACUCGAGCAAACCCUUCACCUUCUUCAUCGCUGGGAAGUUCACCCUCUUUAGCAACUUCGCUCUGGCCAAGAAGUUGAAAGAUGCAGGGUACGGAAUAACGAGUAACUUACGGAGAAGCAACUCCUUAAUCAUUGGACAUGAUUUAAGUGAGGACUUUGUAAAAAAAAUAGAAAAUUUUAAAGGUCGUAUUUUUGGGGAAGAAGACAUUCUAGACCACCUAAAUGUAGAUGUAAAAAAACGCAUUGAUCUUUUUGCCCCGAUAAAUAAAAAUAACGCAAAACGGUACAAGUUUCUAAUUAACCAAACUAAUAUAGAUAGUGCACCCACAAAAUAUAUUCAGAGAAAGGUGCUUCAGUUUUGUAGAACCAUACGGAAGAGCUUGUCUGAAAGUUUAGAGACUUGUCAUGCUAAGUAUAAGAAUGUAUUGCUUUCUAAUUUGACGAAACAGUUAAGUGACUUUUUUUUAUUUUUGCAUUUGUCCAGGGGGAAAUUCCACUCCAACAUAAACUCCCUGUUGCUUUGGUACAGAAGGAAGUACCACGAGUUGAUGAUCCCGCUGCGCAGUGGUGAGGAUAUUUACGAAUUUGUUCUCUUCGUGCAAAACCUCUGCGACGUUUUCUCCACGUGCUAUAUUAGGGAUGACUUGUUGACAUGCGACCAGGGGGGGAAGUGCCACCCGUCGGGAGGGUGCAUUUCGGAGGGAGAAACCAGGUCAGAGGAAACCCCCCUGGACAGUCAAGCGAGCACCCCUCAACGGAGAAGCGGCACCCUGCACACGUUCAUGGAUCCAUCACAGAGCAGCCAUUCAAAGGAAGACAGCCAAGAACGGAAAAAAAACGACACUAAUAUUGAGAAGAAAAUACACCCCCCAGGAAUUCAUCACGAUGAGGAUGGAGCGGAGUCCUCCCUGGAGUACAUUUCACCAGAGGACUACUUCGAGCAUACAGAUGAGUCAGGUGAAAUGUCCAACGAGGAAAAGGAACUGAACAAUGACAACAGUGCUAUUUCGUUCGAGAAAAGCAUCACGCAUAAUAUGAGGAAGAGUGAGAAGCUGAAAAUAGUAACCAAUUUAUGGAGAGUCUUUUUUCGGCCCAACAGUCUGUACGAAAUUGCGGGUCAUAAAAAUGAAGUUUUGAAAUUGUACAAAAUUUUGAGGAAACUUUUUCCUGAAGUGGGCGUAGAGACGACACCCUUCUCCAAUGGAAGGUUAACUCCCAAGGGGCGCAGCAAACGAAAGGAUCCAUCAGACAUGCAUCAAGAGAAGAGUAAUAUUAUAUUCCUAGUCUACCCCCCCAACUGUGGAGUAAAGAGAUUAGUUGAGCUGAUCUGCUACGCCUGUGAUUUAUGUCCAAUAUAUGAAAGUAAAGUUCAAAAGUAUAAAAACAUAAAUUAUUUUUUUAAAUACACACAUGGGUUGAAACCAAUUUCUAUAUAUAAUGCUAAUAAGUUAGACAAGAAUUCCCUGAAUGAAUUGAGCGCUCGGAACGAUGUGAGCAUUUGCAUGUAUGAGGACAAGAAUUACGUGAUGAAUAGCUUAUCGAGUUUCUCCUUUCCUUUGUUAGACAGCAUAAACCAUGUGCUCAUUAAAUUUGGUGUUCCUUCAAGAGAUGCUUUAUUUUUUAGGUGUUUUUCUGUUUGUUCUUGUGUUAUAAAAAAUUUGAAUAAAGAAUUGUUUAGCAUAUUAUUUGAGACGUGCAGGUUGAAGGACUUUUCCUACUCGAUCGAGAGCGUCUACAGCAAGAUGCACCUCGUGGCUUCGUACGUCAAUUGUGUGCAGAGGAGAAGCGGGGAGGAUGGACUUUGUGUUAGCGACCAGGAACCAGGAGCGAGGACAGCGGAGGAAGCUCCGUUUAACUUCCCCAAUGAUGUGUUGCACGAGUAUAUAUCGAACCAUCUCAUGAAUCGAUUCUUUAUGAAUAACUAUGACGAGGUGGAGCGCGCGCUGAGCGGCGAGUUAGACGGCAAGUUAGAAAACGAGGCGACAUACUGGCGCAGCAAUGGGCCAACGGUUUGCCAUUCUCCGGGCCACACGAGCAGGGAGAACAGCGGAACCCGCGAGAAAAAGGCAAAGAUGAUGAAGAGGCUAAACGAAGACUAUUACUUUUUUAGGGGAUUCGACGUGGAGGACAUACGGAGUCUGGUCCACGACUGGUAUGACAAGAUGCACAUACAGAAUGAGAAAUUAAUUUUUGAUUUAACGAUAAAAAAAAAUAGCAGUCUCCUGCAUGAGAGGAGCGAUUAUUUGUAUAUGGACGACGGGGCCAGGAGGGACAGAGAACGCAUUCUCAUUAAAGUCUUGGAGCUUUUUUUAUACGCUUCCAUUUUGGUCAAGUCAGACGACGUCAACAUAAAUUUGAUUGCCGUAGAUAUGGCCGUGUACUGGAGGAAAUAUCUCUUCAUGAGUCCGCCCUUCCGGUUGGCGUAUCGCGGUAGUGGUAGUGGUAGCGGGGGGGGAGGCGGUAGAGACGGCGGGGAAGGCACACGAGGGGGCGGGAAAAACCUGGCGACACGGCAAAAAAAGGAAGAAUUGGUCGCCCUCCAAACAAGGGCAAACAACAACGACUUCAUCAACGAAACGAAGGUGAAAGACCACAUGAAGGGGAAGAUGGACAAGUGCAACAAAAUAUUCUGCGAGAAGGUGAAGAAGUACCGGAGCCUGAUGGCACACUUCGGGUGCCCCUUCAAUUUCUCCUCCGCCGGCGUGGUGUACGACUUUCUUCAGAACAGCAAGGUGGCGAAUUUGGCCCCCCGCAGGCGUGGUGACGCCAAGUCGUGA